UGUUGUCUGACGCAGACUUAUAUCCUGCCGCGGCUUUAUCUGUAGAUCGAAGAAACAGAGCACUUCUCCAUACGCGGAUGGAGAGAGAGCUUGGACUAAUCUAUCAAACCCAAAUCACAGCAAAUCCUCACCUGGGUUCUAUAUUUUUUGUUAACCCUCUACUAUAAUCCUCCAUUGAUAUUUUCUUCGUAUCUUCUGCCACUUUCUUCACUACCCUAUAAACUUUCAUCGGCUACUCUGUUUUGCUGGCAGAGCUUGUUGUUGGGUAAGGGGUGGGGAGGCUUUCUUCUUUGUUUUAAUAAUUCCCAUUUUUUUAUUUUUUGUUCUGUUGGUGACCCUCUCUAAAACAUGUGAGGUUAUAUUCUUUGCCUCCUAAACCAAGGCAAAUAUUAAUCUUUCUGGAUCUGCAAGCGUGAUUUUGGGGUACAAUAUGGGGCAUAUCUAUUUAUAGUUUUUAUCUCCUUUCCCAUUUCUUCAGCUUGACUGAGCUUUCUAGUUUACAUCAAAUUCUACACGCUUUGUACACAAGAGCAUUUCUUUGGUUUUUUCAAGUCAAUAGAUGGUACUUCAUUAGGUGAUAAUACAGUUUAGAGUGGGAAAUGGGAUCUAAUAAUGCGUUUUAUUCUGGUGAUUUCAAUUUGGAUGCUAAGUGGCUGAUUGAUCCUAAGCUUCUUUUUGUUGGGCCCAAGAUUGGAGAAGGUGCUCAUGCCAAAGUUUAUGAGGGAAAGUAUAAGAAUCAAAAUGUUGCUAUUAAAAUCGUUCACAAAGGAAAAACCCCAGAAGAGAUUGCCAAGAGAGAAGCACGGUUUUCGAGAGAGGUUGCAAUGUUAUCAAGAGUUCAACACAAAAAUCUAGUGAAGUUUAUUGGUGCCUGCAAGGAACCUAUCAUGGUGAUAGUAACCGAGCUCCUUUUGGGUGGGACUUUGCGUAAAUACCUGUUGAACAUGCAACCGAGAUGCUUGGACAUGCAUGUGGCAAUUGGUUUUGCCCUGGAUAUUGCUCGUGCAAUGGAAUGCCUACACUCACAUGGAAUAAUUCAUCGUGACCUAAAACCUGAGAACUUAAUCUUGACUGCCGACCAUAAAACAGUUAAACUUGCAGAUUUUGGUUUGGCCAGAGAAGAGUCAUUAACAGAGAUGAUGACUGCUGAAACUGGGACAUAUCGUUGGAUGGCUCCAGAGCUUUACAGCACUGUCACAUUAAGGCAUGGAGAGAAAAAGCAUUACAAUCACAAAGUAGACGCUUAUAGCUUUGCCAUUGUCUUGUGGGAACUCAUUCACAAUAAAUUGCCAUUUGAAGGCAUGUCAAAUUUACAGGCAGCAUAUGCAGCAGCUUUUAAGAAUGCAAGACCUAGUGCGGAGAACCUCCCAGAGGAUUUAGCAAUGAUUGUGACCUCAUGUUGGCAAGAGGAUCCAAAUGCUCGACCCAAUUUCAGUCAGAUUAUACAGAUGCUCCUGCACUAUUUUUCUACCAUUUCACCGCCAGUACCUGUAAACCCUGCUCAGAUAUUUACUUCUGAGAAUGCGGUACUGCCACCAGAGUCUCCUGGCACAAGUUCUUUAAUGGCUGUUAGAGAUGACUCAGGGGAAACCACAAAGGCCCAGAUGGAAGACAAACCAAGAGGUUUCUUUUUCUGCUUUAACCAGUGUUACUGAUCCCUCUAAAGGCACAAAUUCGUCUAUGGAGGUACUUUAGGCAAGCUUAAUAAACAAUAGUCUGAAAUAUUAGGAAAUACAUCUUGAUAAGAAAAUGUCAAUCUAGUUAGUUCAGUUGCAAUAGGAAGCUACCUAGUAUCUGAUGUCUCCAUUAACUUUCCAUACUCCAUUGCAUGAAAAUCAGUUUGUUCUGACCAAAUUCACCUGGAGUUGGGAUUUUGCUGUGACGUAUAUCAUCAUUAUUGUAAAAUAAGGUCCAUCCAAAGGCCUUUACUCCUGUUGAUAAUCAUGAAUCUAAAUGAGUUUUGUUAGAAUCA